GCGGGGCGUGCUGCAUGAGGAGGGCUGUGCACCACGUCCUAUAGGAUUUUCCCCCUUCCAAUCUGCGUCCUCCUGCUCGACGUGUCACGUGGAAAACCACACAGCGACGAGCCCGGCGAGAUUCGGAGACUGCUCGGCGGCUGCCACGAUUUGAGCAGAGCCCGAUGGCCGCGCUGCUGAGCCGCGCACGGUGGCUCCUGGUGGAGCACCCGGCCGUGUCCUCCUUCCGCUGGCAGCCGGGCCACACCCUCGGCGCGACCCCGUCCUUCACCGCGGCCGUCAUCUGCGGCUACCUCGCCGCGGUGCUCCUCCUCCACCGCCUCAUCCUGCCACUCCUCCCGCCGCUCCCGCCGCGGGCGCUCCGCGCGGCCUCUGCGGCCCACAACGCGGUCCUCCUGGCGCUCUCCGCCGCCAUGGCCGCCGGGUGCGCGCUCUCCACGGUCGCCACGGCGCCCUCGCCGCAGUGGGCGUGGCCAUUCUGCUUCCCGCCCGGCGGCGCCACGGAGGCGUCGGGCCCGGUCUUCUUCUGGGCGCACGUGUUCUACCUCUCCAAGGUGUACGAGCUCGGCGACACGCUGCUCAUCCUCCUGGGCCGCCGCCCGCUCACGCUGCUCCACGUCUACCACCACGCCGUCGUCAUCGCCAUGUGCUACCUCUGGCUCGCCACGAGGCAGUCCCUGAUGCCCAUCGCGCUCGUCACCAAUGCCGGCGUGCACGUCGUCAUGUACGCCUACUACCUCAGCUGCAGCGUCGGCUGGCGCUGGCCGCGGCGGUGGAAGCGGGCCGUCACGGAGCUGCAGAUCGUGCAGUUCCUCUUCAGCUUCGCGGCGUCAGUGGUGAUGCUGUGGCUCCACUUCGCUCGCGGCGGGUGCGAGGGGGUGGCAGGGUGGGUGUUCAACGCCGUCUUCAACGCGUCGCUUCUCGCGCUCUUCCUCGACUUCCACGGCGCCGCCUACGCCGCCGCCAAGGGCAAGAAGAGCGCCAACAAGGGGAAAGCAGAGUGAUAGGUCAACAGCGGAAGAAGUGAGCUUACUACUCAUGACAUUAUUAUGGACUAAUGAUUUUAAACUCCUGUUGCAAUGUAGUGUUUUUCUGUAAUAUUCUGAUUUGAUUCUUUAUUUUCACCCAAACAAAUUGGUUAUGCUGCAAAAACAUUUGUGGCAAUUGGUAUCAGCGAAUCGUUUA